UCAGAAGAGGAAAUGACAGGUGAAGAUGAUUGCCUGGUGCCCAGUGAGGAGGACUCAUCUGAUGAAGAACUGAAACAAAUCAUAGUUUCAGAAGAACAAAAGAAUGUUUCCAAUCCGUGUUCCACCACUACCCCUCCAACAGACCCUCAUUUCUCUUUCCCAAGCCUCUCAAAGUCAGAGCACGGCAGCACAGAGCAAGUUCUGGUUACAGGAUAUUCACAGCGACAGCAAAUCCAGUCAGGGCAAUACCAAGAUCUUGAAGGUUUCCUCACGCUGGGGCUGUACCCUGGAACCCAACAACACAGUCCAGCUCCAGCUCAACUCCCUAGAGAAGAGCAGAACUACAUGGAGAUUUCUCUCCUUGCAGGGCAGGGGUUCUGGAGAUCCAGCAGCAGUCUCCAGCAUCACGCAGAUGAGGGGCUAGUCACUGCGCUGGUGAACGGUGGACCCAUUAGUAGCACGCCUCGUGCAUUCACACCAUGCCACGGCAGAAUGUCAUCACAGAGGCUGUGCUUCUCAGGCACCAAAAGCAGACGUUCUCCCAUAUCUUUUCGGCCCCCGAGCAUCGAUCCUCAUCGGCCUGGCUCAUCAAACCGCCCACUGUCUCGUGUCGCGCAGGAGAUCAGGGAGGUCCAGACUGUGGAGCACCUUGAUCUCCAGGACUCUAAUGAGCAUGAGGAUGAUUGCCUGGCUCUGGCUUGCCUUGAAGAAGAGUUCAGAAAUAUGAGCACUACACCAUUAGAUCAGGGUAAGGAGACUUACUGACUAAGAAUUGUCUGGACUGCAGUUACUCAAAUUAAGGAUUUUGAUUAUUUUAAAAAUGUAUUAAAAAGUGAGUGUAAUACCAUAUAAAUAAAGGACAAGAAGAUAUAAAAGUUAGAUCUGUAGCUAUAGUUAGUCUAUAAAAUGGCCUUUUUAGCCAUUAUUUGGUGCAGAUUAUUAGAAUAACAACUCCAGACAUAUUAGUUCAAAUAUAAGAUUUUUUCUUUUUUGUGUGUGUGUUAUAUCGGAAACUGUCCCUAAUUGUUAAGGGCUUUCAAAUGCUUCAUUGUGCAAAUAUAAAAGGUUUAAAAUGUCCAAAUGAAUUCUGAAACUUACUGCUGCUUGUUACUGAGUAAAAAACAAAUUUAUUUCUGAUAUGUACUCAUACACUUAUCAAAUAUCCUUUUCAUAAGAACAGCAGUAAAACAUGGUACAAUAUGGUAACACUUUAUAAUAACAACUAUAUCGUUUUAAAUAUUAUAUACUGUAAAUGAA